AUGUUAGUCCUUGGAUUAUUACUCUUAGUUGGGUGUUUUGCUCAACACACUGUCUACUACUUUAAACAAUCUGAUCUUGGAGCACAACAUAAAAGAUUACGUACAUCAAGUGAAGCAGAACCAGAAGAUUCUGCAGUUAAAUACGAAUUUGAUACUGACCGUAAUCUUUUUGAAAUUCCAUCGAGUGCAUUUGAUUACGAAGGAGCAGAUCAAAGAAUGUAUUGUGACCCUGUAGAAGGGCCAAUCAUUUUUAAUUUUAACAAUGAAAAGUCUUGUUAUAUUACUAUUUUACCAGAUGACGAUCAAGAUUUUGUUGGGUAUAACACUAAAAUUUCAUUUAAAGUAGGUCCUUCUGCUGUUACUCAUGGAGUUAAUAUCUAUACUAACACUGACAAAUUCUUAUCAAAUCCUGUAACAGUUCUUUAUAAAGAAAAGUCUGAAGAUGAAGUUGCUACUGGUGCAUUUUUCCUUGGAGGGUGGUAUGAAGAUAAUGGUGCAGAUUAUUCUAGAUUAAUUUAUUAUGAUAUUUCAAUUAACUUAAAUUAUGAAAACUCUGAUGAAAAUUUCAGUUUUGAUAAUUUCAGACCAAGUACUUUUGGAUAUGAUAAUGGACCAACAACAACACAAGAAACUGGUUCAUUUAAAAUUGCUGGUAUUUGUUUCUCAAACCCACCUAAAUUUAAUGAACCAACUAAAACUAAUAUUCAAAAGUUUAGUUUUCCUCUCAACUUUGAAGAGUAUUACAGCUGUGGUUCUGAAAAUUAUAAAUUAACUCUUCAAGGUAAUGACGUUUAUAUUCAAAGUAUUGAAGUACCAGAUCAAUCACAAAGUAGUUCAUCAAAUUCUGAUUCUAACCCAACAGAUGAUUCUACUUCUUAUGUUGUAGUUUCUCUAUUAUCUUUAAUUCUUCUUGCAUUCCUCUUCUAA